GAUAGAAAAAAAGCGGCCGCCGAAGAAAUAUCGAAAACUUUCAAAAUGGUUAAGAGAUUAUAAAGAUAAUCAAACAAUUGUUAUAAUAUUCACGAUAUUAGCAGGAGUCGAUAUUUCACAUUUAGAAUUGCUUGGAUCACAGUUACAAAUUCCAAAUAUUAAUUAUUUUGGUCUUGAAAUUCGAAAUAUUAAUUUCAAUGCUGAAUUAUCUCAAGCAGCAGAAAAUAGUUUAUUUUGGGGUGAUGUCACUAAUAUUUUCAUUGAAGAUGUUUCUACAAUAUUUAUUCAGUGUUUUUAUUUGUCUCAAGUUGUAUCAUUUGGUUACACGCCCAUAUACACUAUUUCAAAAUCUAUUAUACAUCUCAUUAAUAACGUUUAUCACAUACAUCAAUAUAA